AUGUCUACUGCCGUAGUCAGCGCCGACGACGACGUCCUAGAUCCUACCCUCCAGAACCUGAUCGAUCAAAAGACCUUGAGAUGGAUCUUCGUGGGAGGAAAAGGCGGCGUUGGCAAGACCACGACCUCUUGUUCUCUGGCCAUCCAAAUGGCGAAAGCGAGGAAGUCCGUGCUGCUGAUAUCGACGGAUCCAGCGCACAAUCUCAGUGAUGCAUUCAGCCAGAAGUUCGGAAAGGAUGCCCGACUGGUGGAAGGCUUCACGAAUCUGAGUGCCAUGGAAAUCGAUCCGAACGGCAGUAUCAAUGAUUUGAUCGCUGGCGCCGGUGAUGAAGGUCAAGAUGCAAUGGCGGGUCUGGGUGGAAUGGGAAACAUGAUGCAGGAUCUGGCAUUCAGCAUCCCUGGUGUUGAUGAGGCAAUGUCAUUUGCAGAAGUCUUGAAGCAGGUCAAGAGUCUUUCGUACGAGGUCAUCAUCUUCGACACUGCUCCGACCGGCCACACUCUUCGAUUCCUGCAAUUUCCCACUGUGCUCGAAAAGGCAUUGGCCAAGAUUUCUCAACUGUCUUCCCAGUUUGGACCUAUGCUGCAGUCCGUUCUCGGAGCCCGAGGAGGUCUACCCGGUGGAGGCUCACUCGAGGAUCUCACCCAAAAGCUCGAGACCUUGCGGGAGACGAUAGCUGAAGUCAAUUCCCAGUUCAAGAAUCCGGACAUGACGACCUUUGUUUGCGUCUGCAUCGCGGAGUUUCUGUCGUUGUACGAGACUGAACGGAUGAUUCAGGAAUUGGCGAGUUACCACAUCGACACGCAUUGCAUCGUGGUCAAUCAGUUACUCUUCCCCGAGAAGUCAAAUGAUUGCAAGCAAUGCAAUGCUCGGAGAAAGAUGCAAAAGAAGUACCUUGAUCAGAUUGAAGAGUUGUAUGACGAAUUCAACGUGGUGAAGAUGCCACUUCUUACGGAUGAAGUACGUGGUGUGGAAAGCUUGAAAAGUUUCUCCGAGAUGCUCAUUCACCCAUAUCAGCAACCAGCAUAA